GACUGCAGACACAGUACAGGGGAUGACCAGAGACUGCGGACACAGUACAGGAGAUGACCAGAGACUGCGGACACAGUACAGGAGAUGACCAGAGACUGCGGACACAGUACAGGAGAUGACCAGAGACUGCGGACACAGUACAGGAGAUGACCAGAGACUGCGGACACAGUACAGGAGAUGACCAGAGACUGCGGACAGUACAGGAGAUGACCAGAGACUGCGGACACAGUACAGGAGAUGACCAGAGACUGCAGACAGUACAGGAGAUGACCAGAGACUGCAGA